GGCAUGUUUAACUAAAAGAGGAGAUGGUUUUUUUCUUAAGAAUAAAAAGAAUGGUGGAACAAAGAACCCGCCUGCGCUCAUACAACUUAUAACUGUUAUGAGAGAUCCUCUUUCUGCUGAUGUCAUGUACCCGAUUUAUCUUUUUCCUUUUGCAGCGAAUAUUUUUGUUUGCUUACUUUGCACGAAAGAAACUCUAGUUUCAUCGACAUUCCAAAUCCGAAUUGGAAAAUAUUUUUAUAUUUCAUACUGCUGCUCCAAUAAAUUAUUGAACUUGCUCAAAUUCUCAAUAUUAAAUCCUUUUAUCCUGUCUAAAGAAGUACCAGGGUUACUGCGUAAGCUUAUUUCCCUUUUUUUCCUUUUUAGAAAGCCACGCAAUCAAUCUUUCCUAAUUCUUUGAUUACAAAAAAUUGGUUCUCAAUAUUGUUUCGCCUUGCUAAUUGAAAUGCAGCCGAGUGGACGUCACUUUAGUCCCCAAAACUUUGCUUCAUUUCUUUCAAAUAUCCUACAAGCUUCACUUUCACAUCUUGUUAAAAACAAGCUUACGUCCCAAUCCCACGUCUAGUAUGUCAUUGAUUUCUUUAUAACUGCGUGCAGCUCUUUGUAACGUUGCAAAUGGCACACCCAUCUUUUUGCUUUUUACAGCCUUGAUAGCCUUUUUCAUAUUUUAUCCAUCCGACUUGCGAAUUUCGCCUUUCUUUGGCAUAGCCUAAAGGUAUACUUAUAAAGAAUUCUUGCUUUUACUAACAGAAUGAGCUAUAUGUUAAAUGUGAUGCACCAUAUUUUUAGUAUACAUACAAGUAUAUUACAAUCGACAACAUAGAGUAUAUCACAUUCUCUCCAAACUCGAGUUUUCAAGAAAUCAUAUUUGCUCAUAUUUAAUAUUAAAUAUUAAACGACCAAAAAAUUUCAAGCGAAAAAUAAAUAAUAAUAAAAUAUUAUUAUUUAUAUUUAGAAAAAGGUAAAUAAGGAUAAAAAUUAGGUAAUCGAAAAGAAAAAAUGCAGAAAAUUAGCCGACUCAAGGUGUCGGUCUCGUGUCGCUCGUGUGAAGGUAAUGAGCGACACCAAAGGAGAAUUUGUCGAAAAUGAGUGAAAAAAGAGUCCCCGUUUGAACGCCGUCUUAGCUGAUAUUAUUUGUAUUACAUAUAUAUUCCUACAUACAUAUGAAUAUGUGGGACAAAAAAAAAAACACAAUAAAUUCAGUGAAAUCGUAAUUUUAAGACAUGUUUUAUUUUUUAUUUUAUUUCUAUUUUUAUAGGAAAAUAAGUGGUCUUCCUUUUAAAAAGGCAUUGUUUUUAUAAAAAUCAUAAAACAAAAUGAAUUUGGACCAACACUACUUUAUUUCUUAUCAAUGUUUUACAAAAUCAUAAUUAGAUUAUCCCAUGAAAGUUCAUACAAGUGAGUAUAACCUAGUACGUUUAGUAUGUGCACAUACAUAUGUGUGUAAAUACUUAUAUACACUGUGAAGCUAGGCUUGUCAAGUGUGCGAUCAUUGGCAUCAAUAGCUGUGCCGUGGAAAUCAGCAAUAUUUUAUUAUUUCCAUCAUCUCAAUUACUACUACAUGAUCACAUGUUUACAAACACUAGACGUUAUCACCAGCGAAAGCAAAAAAAUAAACCAAAAAACAAAAAAAAGAUUCAUAAAAAAAACAACAGCUACAGUAAUAAUUCGUUUUGCGAUUGAGUAGAGCAGCUAUUGUAGUGACUCGUCAGUGACGUUUUGAGACUGGUCGGAGCGACAAUAAGUUAAUUUAUACGCAAAAUUUUUAAUUUAGGUGUAAAUAUUAAAUAAUAUCUUGUUAUUGACUAACGGUAAUAUUCUCGGGUCUCCAUGCGAACCGUACACGAAAGCGUUUACAAACCGAAACUAACUGCAGACACCAAAUUUGUAGUGAAUAUUCGACCGAUAAACCACAUUGGAGCUGCACUGUCCAGUACCAACGCAGCUGCAGCCAACAAUAAUAACAAUGCCAUUCGCGGUUCAUUGGCGAUGAACACAAAAAAUGCAGAUCUUAAUGGCGUUCGGCUCGAAGCAGGGGCUAAUGCGGGAGCUGCUAUUCCUACCACAGGUGGGGAUGGCGCUGCCACACGAAAUUACUCCAAAGGCGACAAUCAGCAUAAUCGCAUUUCGGAAAUGAAGUGGCCCCGCAUUUGUACAGUUUCAUCGCUGAUUGUGGCGUUUUUGCUGAUUAGUGGCUCUAUUUAUCUACAUUUACGUCAGAAGUCGCAUCUUGGUCGUUUGCAUCAUGAAACGAAAUCUCGCAUCCUGCCAGGCGUUGCAUCAGCUCCUAUAGAAAACAACACCCCAUUCUCCUCCCGUCCUCCACCGACGGCCGCUAGACUGUUUGUACACGAACCAAGGGCGGUUAUCUCUACCAAGACUACCUCUGCCACAUCGACGACAUCCUGGACCCAAGAAGCUGGUACACGGAAAAUUACCGAAGCUUGUAUACAAUGCCUUUGCGAGACGGUAAACUUGUGUCGCCCAACCAAAUGUCGUGACGAUGUGGAUUGUGGCGUGUUUCGCAUAUCACACCUUUACUGGUUGGAUGCCGGCAAGCCAACAAUUGAUGACGACGAGAGCAGCAAAAGCAAUGUUAACACAAUGUACACCGAUUGUGUCAAUAACAUGGAUUGUGCAACACGUGCUGUGACUGCUUACACCAGCAAAUAUGCCCGCGACUGUGAUGGUAACGGAGCAAUCAACUGCCGCGAUCAUAUUGCACUACAUUUGCUCGGACCCACGGGGUGCACUAAAUCCAAGGGUAUGUUAGCAUUCUCCUUCGAGCAACGCAUUGAAGCCUGUUUGGCGGAAUAAAUUGCAGGAAGUGGAAGGGGUCAUUCAAACAUUGUUAAUAUCUCGUGUUAGAGUAAUAUAUAAUCUAUAAGAAAACAUGCUUUAUUUCCAAUUACAUAAAUAUUAAUCUAGAAAUAUGCAUGUGAAAGUAUAUAUACCAUAUAUAUACUUACAUAUGUAUAUACAGGAUAAAAUUAAAAAAAUAUAUUGUGUACAGAUCCCCA